GAGCUUUAUCUGUCAAAAGCAUACACAGCAGGGAGAGAGAGAGAGAGAGAGAGAGAGAGAGAGAGAGACAAAGACAGAGAGAUUCUUCUAUACUUCCAUCCCCAGUAGCGUAUUCCUCGUGAGCACUUCCCCAUCCCACGGACAGAUAGAGUGUGUGCUGGUAGAGAGAGAAAGAGGAGAGAGAGAUGAUGUGGGAGGGGGGAUCAGGCGGAGAAGGCGGAGAAGAGGUGGAAGGAGGAGGAGGAGGUGGUCGGAGGAAGCCGUCGUGGAGAGAGAGAGAGAACAAUCGGAGGAGAGAGAGGAGGAGGAGAGCCAUCGCCGCCAAGAUAUACGCCGGGCUCAGGGCCCAGGGUGACUACGACUUGCCCAAGCACUGCGACAACAAUGAGGUCUUGAAAGCCCUCUGUCUUGAAGCCGGCUGGACCGUCGAGUCCGACGGCACCACCUAUCGCAAGGGAUACAAGCCCCCUCUAUCUGACAUUGGAGGUACCUCAACCAACAUAACCCCAACCUCUUCCCAAAACCCUAGUCCACCAUCUUCAUCCUUCCAAACCCCUAUCCCUUCUUACCAACCAAGCCCCACAUCUUCUUCUUUCCCAAGCCCGUCCCGUCACGACGCCAGCUCAUCCCAUUUGCUUUCUUUUCUUCGGAGCACCAUUCCUUCAUAUCUCCCUCCUCUCCGAAUCUCAAACAGUGCCCCUGUGACUCCACCCCUCUCAUCCCCAAACUCUAGACCUCACAAACAGAGGCCCAAUUGGGACUUUCUUGCCCAGGAAUCAAUGGCUUCUUUACAUAAUUAUGCUUCCUUUGCUGCUUCUGCUCCGGCAAGCCCAACUAGAUGCAGGCGAAUUGGUCCAGCAACCAUACCGGAAUGCGAUGAGUCCGACUCUACCGUUGAUUCAGGUCAAUGGAUGAGGUUUCAAUCAUUUGCACCAACUAUGAUUCCCACAUCUCCAACCUUUAAUCUUGUGAGACCUGCGGCUCAGAAAGUUUCUUCAAUGGAUGCAAUGAGAGAUAAGGGGAAAGGUCCAGAGUUCGAGUUUGAGAGCAGAGCGGUGAUGGCAUGGGAAGGGGAGAGGAUUCAUGAGGUGGGAUUGGACGAUUUGGAACUUACACUUGGAAGUGGGAAAACUCGAAAUUAGGUUGCUACUGCUGGAUGAUGUGAAUAGGUUUGUCUUGUGUCUCCGUAACAAACGGUCCAUUUAUGGUUUGAGCUUUUCUUUCUAUGGUUUGAAAUGCAGCCAUUGUCUGGAUGGUAUCUACGCUCACGGAGGAGAAAAAGGGUUGCUGUUGCAGAAUUCAGUUUUUUGAAUCAAAAUUUGGUUUGUGGAAGGAAUUGCAUUUUCAUCUGUUGGUUUCUCUCUUAGCUUUUUAAAUUUUGCUUUGGUUGAUUUCUCUUAUACUAAAUGAUAUUGUGAGCUCCUUUUCAUUGGAAUCAAGAAAUGAUUCUCCUUUGUAGACUCUUGUGGGAAAACUCCCACAAAAUUCAAUAUUUCGAGAGUAUGUGUCUUCAUA